CAAACAGCAGGUGGUGCAGAAGAGAAGCCUGCAUUUGGGACGUACACACCACUGGUUCCCUGACUUCUGCACCGGACAUCAUGGAACAGCAGCAAAUAACAAUUGUUUCUAACUCAGGUGUCACAGCAGCAGCGUCUCUGGCCGUGGCUCCCUGAAUAAAGAUGCACGUGGACCUGGAGAGACAAAGCAGCACUCAAAUGAGAUGACUCAAAAGAGGAGAAAAAAACCCACCUUUUAAUCUCAGGUCAAAAGUUUGGUACGUCGUGAACAAUGUGAGUCGCCGUAUCAAAAAGGACAGAGACGUUUUUUAAGACAUGGAGGUGCCUUUCGGGUGUGUCAGGAAUCUUUUGGUAGAUGAACCUUGACGACAGCAUGGAGUCAGGCGGGCCGUAAAUGUUUCUACCCCACUCAUCUGACUUGUGUCAGCAUGUCAACGCAGCAUAGAUGAUUUACCCUUUAAAGAGACACAACUGGGAACCAACCUGGUCCGAUGAUGUAGCAGCUACAGGUGACUUAGAUGUGGGCUAUGAUUCAAGACAGUGUAACCACAGUCAGUAUGGAAGUGCAGACAACCUCUCUGGUCUGGAUAUAUGUGAACAGGACAGAACAACUGAACUCAUCCUAUGAACACAACACGACAGAUCUGACUGAAAGCUCAAACACCUACCACUCUUACACGAUUGGUCUCUUCCUCUCCUGCCUGUACACCAUCCUCCUCUUUCCUAUUGGAUUUAUUGGUAACAUCUUAAUCCUGGUGGUCAACCUGACCCACAGAGAGAAGAUGACCAUCCCUGACCUUUACUUCGUCAACCUGGCGUUGGCCGACCUCAUCCUGGUGGCGGAUUCCCUCAUUGAGGUAUUCAAUCUGAACGAGAAGUAUUACGACUAUGCCGUCCUCUGCACCUUCAUGUCCCUUUUCCUCCAAGUCAACAUGUACAGCAGCAUCUUCUUCCUCACGUGGAUGAGCUUUGACCGCUACAUAGCCUUGGCUGGCUCCAUAAGCAGCAGCCCACUGAGGACUAUGCAGCAUGCCAAGCUCAGCUGUGGCCUCAUCUGGAUGGCCUCCAUCCUGGCCACCCUGCUCCCCUUCACCAUUGUGCAGACCCAGCACCGGGGGGAGGUGCACUUCUGCUUUGCCAACGUCGUUGAGAUCCAGUGGCUGGAGGUGACCAUUGGCUUUUUGGUGCCCUUCUCCAUCAUUGGUCUGUGCUACUCUCUGAUUGUACGCAUCCUCAUGAGGGCCCAGAAGCACCGCGGCCUGUGGGCACGGCGGCAGAAAGCCCUGCGCAUGAUCGUGGUGGUGGUUCUGGUGUUCUUCAUCUGCUGGCUGCCAGAGAACGCCUUCAUCAGCAUCCAGCUGCUGCAGGGCACUGCUGACCCAUCGCAGAGGACUGCUACCACCCUGUGGCAUGACUACCCGCUCACAGGCCACAUUGUUAACCUGGCAGCUUUCUCCAACAGCUGCCUCAACCCCAUUAUCUACAGCUUUCUAGGAGAGACCUUCAGAGACAAGCUGCGGCUCUUCAUUAAGCAGAAGGCCAGCUGGUCAGUAGUGAGCCGCUUCUGCCGCCACAGCCUUGAUAUACACCUCCCUGUCAGGAGUGGGGUGUCAGAGGUGUGACUGCUUAGAAGAGGGACAACCGUUGUGAAACUGAGGCCACAGAAUAUCAACGUGAUAUAUCAACUAGGGUGAAAUAUGACCUCAGAUUUCUUUCUGCUGUUGAUUAGCUUUGCCUCAUAGUGACUCAGUUAACCUGCUCACUUUCUGAACAAAACAACAAAAGCAUCAGGAAUGUGCACUCAAAGGAUGACAAUGACUCGAUGUGUGUAUCUUUUCAAGUAGAUAACAAUGCACAUACAGUACUAAAAGCAAUUUCCAUGUUAAUCUGCAUCCUGGACUGCUUUCUUUAAUUGGAUUUGGUGUGUUAUUCCUUCAAAGAGUUGGCAAGUUUGGAAAGGCAGGCAACAACAAGUGAAAUGCCAGCAAAAUGUCAGCAUCCACCCCAGGAGCACAGCCUGUGUGCAGAUGUAACUUAUGCAUAGAGCCUCAGAAGAAGAGGAACGGUGUAAGUGUGUGAAACAGACACUAAUGGAACAUUUUACAUGAAUGACCUCUCCUAUAAAUCUUCCAGAACAUUGUGCACGUGUGUGUUAGAAACGUUGAACGCAACAACAACAUACUGAGAGGAAAUAAUGCAUCAUAUAAAAUCUAAUCAGGACGUCCAUUUUAGCCGCAAGGUAAGGGUCAUUUCAGGUGAAGCCCAUGUGUAUCUGCAUUAAGUUAAAAUAAACAAACGUGGCUUUUUUCUAGAUAAAAGUAUAAGUUCAGGAUAUCAUAGAUAAGGAACAAAUUUGAAUACAAUACAGCACUGGCUACUUUGUACCUUUUUUGACACUUUUUUGACGCUUUUAUUUUCCUCUGAUGGCAAAACAAAUGGCAUCAUGUAUAUCAAACAAUCUUUGGAAAAUGCAAACAAAUGUUCACAAAUGUGCUUCUCUAUUUGAUAAUAAAACAAAA